GAAGGAGAAUUUUUUCUCAGCUGGGGCCUGUGUGUGUGUGUGGGAGAGUCUGCACCUCGUUGAGUUUUCAGGUUGCAGAAGAUCUCAAUCCUGGAAAACAAUACGUCCCAUAAUCCCCGUGUUCCUCCGUACGAACCCUGUGUGACUUGCUGUGUAGUCUUGCGCUAUUUGAAUGAGCCUGUUGCAAACGACGUCCCGUUAGCGAGAUCGCCAUCACCGAAAUUGCUGGCUGAAACAGCCAACUAACUUCGAAUCAGUGCUUCCUUGCGUCAGCUAGCAGUGAGCCACCAUGUCAAAUCACCAGCACCUGCUGUCGGCGAACAACCUCGUCUUGUUGGUUGUUGGAGUUCUCUACUGCGUCUCCGCGUCAGCGAACGGUCAGUGUCUCACAAGUGACGACUGCAUCGCACCCUCGGGCUUGACUCGCUGUAACGUCACAUCAGGACAAUGCGACUGCACGUUCGCUAACUUUCGCCAUGGCCUUAUUUGCGAUAAAGUUUGCACGGAUACUGGGUUGAAAGGCCAUUGCAUCAAAGGAGUUUGUAAUCAAAGCGACGUCAGUUUCGACCUGUAUUUUGGCUUGUGCAAGUGCGACCGUGGCUGGUCCGAGGAUGACACUGGACGUUGCACAAUACCCACGUGCAAUCGGCCGUGCCUGAAUGGAGGUGCGUGUGUUGAGCCGAACAAGUGUCGGUGUGUUGACGGGUUCACUGGAGACCAAUGCGAAAUGAAAUUGCAGUGCACCGUGCUGCCAGCACCUGACCGCGGCAGAACGGCACUGGACAUGCAGAACGGCAUACGGUACCAGACGUUUGACUGCGACGACGGCUACGUGGUCAACGGCAGCCGGGUCAGCAUCUGCGAGAACAGCAGAUGGAACCCGCCAACUCCUCCGACGUGUGUUGAUCAAGAUGAGUGUUCAGCCGGACUACACCAGUGCGAGCGUCACUGCGGUAUGUGUAAGAACACGCUGGGGUCGUACGUCUGCAAUGUAUCUCCAGAGAACGCAGACCUAGUCUAUGAUGCCGAGAAGGGACGAUGCUGUCAGCGAGGAGAAGCGUGUGGCGAGAUCAGCUGCUUCCCGUACCAGCAGCUCUCCUUUGGCACGCUGCGUUACAGCCGGCCCCUCUGGUCAACCACCGCCAAGGUAGCAGUGCUGACUAGCGUGAGCGUUGAGUGCGAUGCCAGUCGGGGUCUGCGCUUGCCCGACAACGCCGUCACCACCGUCAAGUGCACCAAGAGCGGCCUCUACGACAACAUUCUGAGCGACUGCCUGCCCCCGCCGACGCAAGAUCCUGCCGUCAGUGUGUUUGGAACUCAACUCGUCAUCGGUGCGGUGUCCGUCGGUGGCGGUGACGCUGCGGUGUCUACCCGACCAGUCAUUCCGGCAGUGGGCGACGUCGAGGACGUCGAGUCCUCGCGCAGCGGUGGAGAUACGGCGCUGAUCGCCUCGCUAGUCACCGUAACCAUAGUGAUCAUCCUUGUGGUGCUGCUCUUUGUGUACUUCAGAGCAAGGAACCCGCAACACAAGUACGCAGCUCCUCCCUCCUCACCCAGUCCUCCUCCUGCCCCGCAGCAGGCCGGCAAGAAGUACAGCUUAGAAGGAAAGGGUCCGCAGAUGCACGGCCAUCUUCCCGCCGCCAUGGUGACAGCCAGCGCCCCUCCGGCGGUGCUGGCCAAGAGAGGACGCACGCUGGAUCGCAUCGUCGACGACCACAACAUCUACGCCAGCCCCGAGACGGUCGACGGUGCUGCUACGACCGCCACCGCCGGGGGAAUUGCCCUGGCGACGACCGCGCCGUCUGCAUGCCAGAUGGGAUCGACGGAUGUGAUAGUGGAGUCGCAGCACUACGCCUCGUGCGACCUGCAAGAGGAAGACACGUACGAGGAUGCAUGCUCCGUGUCCCCAGCCAAAGCAUUUACGCUACCGAGCUCACUCCCGGCUCAGCCCUCUUUCCUGGGCGUCAGCGACUCCAAGCAAGCCGACACGCUUCCCGCCGUCUCGCCAAGUCGCAACAUCACCACCGCAUCCUCCAUUGCCGCCGCUGCAGCCAUGAAGAAAUCGCACGCGUCGGGCGGCAAGCAGCAGGCGCCGAAAACGCAGCGGCCACUUCUACAGCUGAAGCAGCAGCGUCAGAGCAGUGUAGUGCGCCAGACGGCGGCGCUUAACUCCGACUCUGAGUACGAGAACCCGAGCAAUCCGACCAGCCCGCCUUCGUCACCGCCCUUCAAUCACAGCAAGCGAACGCGCGCCGCUCUCAUUCACAGCUUCCAGCAGCAUGCACAGCAACAGCCGAUGCGACCGCAGUCCACGUCGCCACCGGCAAUAGUAUCAGAUAGCUCACCGGGCAGCUCUGUGAAGUCGUCAUCACCUCUACCCGACACCGAUGCCACCAUCUCGCCCAAGGACUCCAUGAAAGGCGGAUCACGGAAGCCGCAACGACCACCGCGAGCACCACCAGCACUACCCGAUGUAGAUGCUGUACUUGCACCCGCGUCCAACGAAACUCAAGAGUCAUCUAGAUCAUCUGAUAAACCCAGCAGGCCGCAGCUUCCAUCCAAGGACAACCGGCCGCAGUUGAAUGACGAUGCCGCCCGUAAGCCGUACAUCGAGGUCAAGCCAUCCGAGCCUCCUCCAACGUACAAAGAAGCCCAGCUGAAUGCAAAAACAUCCUACACCCUGGUGAAGCCGUCCCAGCCUCCACCACCUGCACCCGCACCUGCUGGAGAAGAGACUACCACGUCUAGUGAUGAGCCCGAUGGCGUUCAACAAGCUGUGGAGCAAUCACGAAAUACGUCUGGGCCACCCCGGCUGCCGUCCAAAGUGCACCGACCGAAACUGGAUGACACGGAAACAGAUUCGCUCAGCAGGCCAGUUGAGUCUGUCAAGCCCUCCACGGCACCAAAGCCCCACUCGAAGCCCAUUUCACCUUCCAAAAGCUUCGACUCGGAAGACGGGUAUCUGUCGCCAACAGAGGACAUUGCGAACACUUCAUCGGCAAAGCCUGCGCCGCCUCCGAAGCGAGGUCGGCCAAGCUUGGCAACCCGUCAAGAAUCCGAAGAUAGUGUCCUGAGCAGGACGGACACAACAAAGCCGACGCCACCUCCCAAGCGGGAUCGACCUGUCAUGACGCACAGUGCUAGCAAAGAGGGAAUGUCACAGAUUCGUUCAGCUGACGAGGACGACGGUGAUCGCACGUCCAAGCCGCGGUCGAGUCCACUGAAGGCGUCAUCAUCGUCGUCUUCAACAGACACACCCGGCCCUCGCGUGGCCCCGCCAAGAACUGCCAGCAUGCCCCGUUUUCCCUCGCCGCUACCGUCGUUGCCAAGCGACAAUGCCGGCAAUAGAUGAUACAGACGAUUCUAGAAGUAGCAGAGAGCCGCGACCCUCACCCUGCUUAUAGCGUGAGUGCAGGCCUUCGUGGUGCAAAUCACCAGGCCAACCAUCGCUGAGACACUUGAGAGUAGACGCUAAUAACUACAUGUAUGAUGGCUGUAUGGUUUUCUAUUGCCGACAAAUUUAUGCAGUGCGUAUCCUAGCCUUUGUCACAUGUGAAACUAUCGACGGUUUCGUUUCAUUGAAGAAAUUCAGUUCACCCGACGACUUUGAUCCACGUUUCUGUUUACCUGAAACACACACAAACCCACCGCGCUCAUACAAUGGUGUGUGUUUCUAUAUUGAUAAGUUAUGCCCCAGAUUUCUUUCCCAUGCUCCAUCCAUGCAUACUCCACAUCUGUAAUAUCAUCUUCUGAAGACCAAAUGCAGGAUUAUUAUUUUUCGGUAUUAUCUUUUCUUUAUGGAACUAACUAUGAAUAUUAAUGUCAUGAUUGUAUCCAUCAGUCUUUGUCUUCAAUCUGUUUAGUGGCUGCCAUGUUCAUUA